CUCUUCUCCCUGCUCGCGCUGCUGCCCUGCGGUGUGACAAGGCCGCGUCCUCUCCCGCCGCCCACGCUCCUCUCUCCCUCCGGCCUGCGCCACCCCAUUUCUCUCCGGCCGCCGCCGCCACUGCCGCUCAGCUGGUGUCGGUGCCGCUCUUUCCACGCCGUCCCCGCAGCCUAUGGCCCAGGCCGCCUUGGGUAUUUCUGCUCAAGGUAACCACAUCCCUCUUUAAAAAUUCCGCCGAAAAAGAGAAGACGCUUUACCCGACUCUUUGGGCCGUUAUCUCACGGCGAACUUUCUGACCAAGUGUACAACUACCCAGAAGGCCUAGGAGAGGUGCUGUAUAGGGAGCAGUUCGACUUCAACGCCGAGCCCCCUUGGGAACCUAGCUGAUGAUAGGGGGUUCCAUCUCCUAACUUGUCCAUUUUGUUGCAUAUUCUAAGGACCCAGACAUAGGCUUGGUGGCCCAUCGCUUGUUUUUCCUGGUUUAUGACUUUCGGCUUUGUGGAAUACGGCUGAGAUGAAAGGAUUCAUUGACGAUGCAAACUACUCUGUUGGCCUGUUGGAUGAAGGAACAGACCUUGGAAAUGUUAUUGAUAACUAUGUUAAUGAACAUACCCUGACAGGGAAGAGUGCGUUUUUUGUGGGGGACCUGGGGAAGAUCGUGAAGAGGCACAGCCAGUGGCAGAGUGUGGUGGCUCAGAUCAGGCCAUUCUACGUGGUGAAGUGCAACCCCGCGCCGGCCGUGCUGGAGACGCUAGCGGCCCUGGGCACGGGGUUUGCUUGCUCCAGCAAGAAUGAAAUGGCUUUAGUGCAAGAUCUGGGUGUGUCUCCAGAAAACAUCAUUUACAUAAGUCCUUGCAAGCAAGUGUCACAGAUAAAGUAUGCAGCGAAAACUGGAGUGAAUAUUAUGACAUGUGACAAUGAAAUUGAAUUGAAGAAGAUUGCUCGUAAUCACUUGAAUGCCAAGGUCUUACUACAUCUUGCAACAGAAGAUGGUAGUGGAGGUGAGGAGGGUAGCAUGAAGCUGGGCUCCACACUGAAGAACUGUAGGCAUCUCUUGGAGUGUGCUAAGGAGCUCGAUGUGCAAAUCAUCGGGGUUAAAUUUCAUGUUUCAAGUGCUUGCAAAGAAUCUCAAGUAUAUGUGCAUGCUCUCUCCGAUGCUCGGUGUGUGUUCGACAUGGCUGGAGAAUUUGGCUUUACGAUGAGCAUGUUAGACAUUGGUGGAGGCUUCACAGGAACUGCCUUUCAACUGGAGGAAGUCAAUCAUGUUAUCAGUCCUCUGUUGGAUGUCUACUUUCCUGAAGGCUCUGGCAUCAAGAUCAUUUCAGAACCUGGAAGCUACUAUGUGUCUUCUGCAUUUACACUUGCAGUUAAUAUCAUUGCAAAGAAAGUUGUUGAAAAUGAGACAUUUCCCUCUGGCGUAGAAAAAACCAGGAGCGAUGAACCAGCCUUUGUGUAUUAUAUGAAUGAUGGUGUGUAUGGUUCUUUUGCGAGUAAACUGUCUGAGGACUUGAAUACCAUUCCAGAGGUUCACAAGAAAUACAAGGAAGAUGAGCCUCUGUUUGCAAGCAGCCUUUGGGGUCCGUCCUGUGACGAGCUGGACCGGGUUGUGGAGCGCUGUCUGCUGCCCGAGCUGCACGUGGGCGACUGGCUGAUCUUCGCCAACAUGGGCGCAGACUCUCUCCAGGAAGCGUCUGCGUUCAGGGACGUCCCGGGGCCGGCUGUGUACUACACGAUGUCAUUCAGUGACUGGUAUGAGAUGCAGGAUGCGGGGGUCCCCUUGGACACCAUGAUGAAGAACUUCUUCUUCGUGCCUUCUUGCCUUCAGCUGAGCCAGGACGACAGCUUUCCCACAGAGGCUUAGGCCCUGCACCCCUUUAGAUCUGAGCGUUUGGGCUGCACUGGUCUGGUCUACAUUCCAGGGUGGAAAACAAUCCAGAAAUCUCACUCUGUUCUCUUGGAAACAAGUCGAUAGCUCUGUGGGACCAGACAAAAUCAGCUUUCAUCUAGAAUUCACUGGGGGUAACAGGAAAUUUAGAUAAUGUGUCCAGAUUAAACCUAACAGUUUGUCCUACCCUUUAAGCUUUGAAAAUAAAAUAUGCAACAAAAUGGAUGACUUAGUGGAGAUGGAAGCCCAUGACCUGGGUUCCCCUCAACCGUUUACAUACAAGUACACAGUUUUUAUACUGAGGCUUCGUGUCCAAAAGUCUUGUAAAGUUAGCGUCUUCCACCCAAAUAUGGCAGAUGUCGGUGGAAGACUAAUGUGGCUUCCUUAGAUACGUUUAGUGUAUUCCGAGUGUGUAAAUUUGUGCUUUGAACUGUAGUUUAAUGUAAAAUUGCAUCAUAGUAUUUGUUGUACUUGACCUAAUGUAACCCCUGUAUGAUUGCAAUAAAAUUUUGUGUAGAUUUUACUGUUUUUUCAGGCUAAAACUUUGGGAAAGGGGCUAGCUAGCAAAGGUAGUUUUGAAAUAGAGGUGUAUAUGAUCUGUUUUGAGGGGUUUUUUUGUUUGUUUUAAUAGCUCAUUUAAAUUUAGUUGGGCUCAGUACGUUUUUCAGUUAUUUAAUUAGUAAUUUAAAGUGUGUGGUAAAUCAUUGUGAAGUUCAGAUUCAUUAUGGAGUUAUUGUGCAGUAAGCAUGAUGUUUAACAAUUUUAACACCAAAAAAAAUGUUACUCCUGCAUAAACCAAUUGUAAUAAUGACUAGGUGUUUCUGUAUAGGUAGAAUGCGUAGAGUAACUUAGUAAAUCUUUGAAUCACAAAUCUUUUGGCUGACAUGGAAGAUUUCUAUUGAAUACUUUGAAUAAACUUGAUGGGGAGGGAAAUAAAACUGCAGAGACGUGCAGAGCACUAAAACUCAAAGAAGGGCUACAUCUGUAUCCGGAAAUCUGGUCUCUUCUUUUUUUCUGCAUGGAAUAUUUAAAUAUAGAGUGGGGAGGGAAGGUGGGGGCAAAGUGUACUUCUGUAGUCUCUCAGUGAUUUCAAAUUUAGGGUUUUUAAAAGUUGUUACUGAUUUGAACUAUUCCCUAAGUUUCUUGUUAUUUCUCGUUUGUUUGUCCAGCUGGAUGAUUUUAAUUUGUUUCAUCCUAAGAUUUUCUGGUGGUUGGGGAAGGAGGUGAGUCUCUCACCCAAACCUUGUCGCCAGGGAUUUGCAUUGUCCUGCCGCUAGUGUGUAGUCCCCAGUCCCCAGUCCUAGGUCUCCGACCCUAAGAGUAAUAAACACCAGGGGUCACGUUCUUCCUAACUUCCUCUGUGUGCAGAUGUGGGAUUUCUCUCCCAGGAGGAAAUGUGACCUCACUUUGGUGCCAAUGGACAGAACAUUCUACCUGCUACAUGGGAGAGGUUUGGAACGCACUUGCGUAGCUGGUUUUGCACCUUAACUUCAAGAUGGAAGUAAAUUGAUCAUGUAUCUGAUUUCAAUCUCAAACCAGUAGGUGCUUAAUAUAUCUUUAUUUGAUUAAUACCCAUUUGAACUGCAUGGAUUCUAUUAAGGAUAUUUAGGGCCCAAUCCACUGUCAUCUAAUUGCCCUUGGACUUUCAAGGUGUACUAUAGGGUUUUAUGCAAAAUUCCAGACAACCAUGCAACUUUUUAAAAACAGUCACGAGGAGUCAUUCUUCUACCUUGUUCUCUUGUGGUCCAGAAAUGCUGAACCCUUUCCAACGCACUGCUCCAAGUUGGGGUUCACCCGGGCGGGCUCAGUUGGGGUCUGUGGAUGUGCUGUCCCCUGGGAGAGCGCCACCUCGGGAUUGCAGACCCCUCCCGAGUGCGUGAUAAGGCGACUAAGAAAUGAGUGCAUUGUAUGGGGAGACCGCAUGACAUAGGUCUGAAGUCUCGUGUGCUCCAAUUUGGUGUGCUAACAGUAAUGUAAAACCUUUUUAUAUAAUGUAUCAGUUCAAAGCUGAAAAUAUGAAACCCAAAUGACUUGUGUAGUAAAUUGAACUGUAAAGGUAACUUGUGUGAUUCUGAAUGCACAGAUAAAAU